UCUCAUCUCACUCACACAUCUUUUAUUGUUUUGUUUUGUCAUUCAUCACUGUUGUAAGAGAAUAUCCGAAAUCAAAUUGUCAUCAGAACAGUGAAACUCCCAUCUCAUCAUCGAACCCUUCUCAAACAACAUUGUGGCUCAUAAUCCGCAGGCAUGUGCCCGACCAUUACAGUUUUGACUCUCGGGAAGAGUCAAGACUCUACCUACAUUGUUCGUUAUUUGUGAAUUUUACAGUGCAGAGAAGGUGCAGCAAAAUAAUGAAGUUUGAGAAAGCAAGGCCAUUCAUGGCCAUUGUUUUCAUUCAGUUUUUGUAUGCAUUGAUGUCUAUAGUAGCGAAAACAGCUUUGAACCAAGGGAUGAGCCCUCAUGUCUUAGUCGCUUACCGCAUGGCUGUUGCUGCAACUCUCAUUACUCCUUUUGCUCUCGUUCUUGAGAGGAACUCAAGACCAAGGCUGACUUUCAAAAUCUUAUUACAAAUAUCCAUCCUGAGUUUAUUUGAGCCUGUGGUUGAACAAAACCUGUACUACUCAGGGAUGAAACUUACUACUGCUACAUUCACAUCAGCUCUAUGCAAUGCACUUCCUGCAAUGACAUUUAUAAUGGCUUGCAUUUUCAAACUCGAGAAGGUGAAUAUCAAAAGGCGUCACAGCCAGGCAAAGCUGGUGGGAACCAUGGUGGCUGUUGGAGGAGCAAUGCUCAUGACAUUUUACAAAGGGAAUGUCAUUGAGUUGCCUUGGACAAGUAAGCCAAGGGGGAUUAUUGGGCAGUCACAUGCUAUGAAUACUCCAAAGCAGGAUGAUAUAGGAAAAGGAUCAGUUAUGCUUGUAGCAAGCUGCUUCAGUUGGUCAUGUUACAUCAUUUUACAGGCAAACAUUCUGAAUACAUAUCAUGCUGAGCUCUCGCUAACAGCACUUAUGUGCAUUAUGGGGAUGCUGGAGGCUAGUGUUAUAGCAUUGAUAUGGGAAAGGAAGAACAUGUCUGUCUGGAAAAUCCACCUGGACAUGAAGCUUUUAGCUUCAAUAUAUGGGGGACUAGUCUCAGGGUUAGCAUACUAUGCUAUUGGAUGGGCAUCAAAGAAGAGAGGGCCUGUGUUUGUGAGCGCAUUUAACCCUCUCAGCAUGGUCAUCGUUGCCAUACUGAGUUCCUUUGUUUUCUUGGAAAAACUCUACCUAGGAAGGGUUGUUGGAGCAGUUGUCAUCGUCUUUGGAGUAUAUUUGGUACUAUGGGGUAAAAGCAAGGACAAGAUAGUAGAGCAGCAUCCACCAAACGCUGGGUGUGCAGAGACUGUUGUAAAAACUGACGAGCAGAUGGUGCGGACGCCUGAUAACAACCAAGUACUACCCAUCCAAGACCAGUUAAUGAUCUCAAAGCCAGCAACUCAGUCUCAGUCAGUCUGAUAUUCUUACAUUAUCUCUAUAUAAUGCACCACAUUUUUGGUUAGUGUUAAUAGUAUGGUUUGCCAGGAAAAAAAAAAGAGCAAGCAAUGCUAUCUGCAUCUUAAGUUUUGGAGUAUAAUUGCAGAAAUUCAGAAACCUUAGUAAGGGAAGCCAUUGUGGUAGAUUUCUGAUAACCUCCAUUUAUAAGAAUCAAAGAAGCCUAUACAUAUAUAUAUCAAGCUGUUGCCAUGAUUGAUGAUUUCACCUAUCUGCUUUGGUUUCAGAUGUUUCCUAAGUAAUUUACAGAUGUUCCCUUUUCGGUG